AUGCGUAUGGUAGAAAAAUCACUGGAUAUAACACCCGACGAGAUUGAAAGGGAGUGGCAAAACUUUAAGCGCAAAUUUCGGACGAACCAAACGUUAAAAAUAAUGAUAAAUUACGACGAGGUUAAAAGGCGGGUAAUUUUUGCCAACAACUAUCGGGUCAUCCGUAAGCAUAACUUAGAGGCCGAUGAGGGCCGACAUACCUAUUGGUUAGGUGUAAAUCAAUUUACCGACAUGACCGAGGAUGAUUUUCAUACUAAAUACUCUGGUUUUAUUAAAUGUGUAUUAAUUUUUGGAUUAUGUUUCAUAACUGUUUUCAUAAUCUCCGGUGCCGACCACGAGUGGGAUCUGUUCGGUGCCAUACGUUCCCAACCGGCGGUGGAGUUUUUCGCAUACACUGGCGUACGCUCUAUACCCACACUGGCUACCGCAGGGUUGCGCAAUUUGACCGAGAUCAACAUAAUGAACAAUCUUAUAGUCACGAUCGGCACCGGUGCGUUUGAUAAUUUGCCGGCCCUCGAGUGCAUGCGCCUGGACUACAACAAAGAGAUCGUACGUAUUGCUGAACGUGCGUUCACUGUUGGACCCGCCGCCGCACCUGACCAGACACUGACCAUUCAAAUCAAGGACAAUGUAUUUGCUGCCCAGGGAUUAGCUGACAGAACGUUUGCGUCCAUCGGCCGGUCGACCGCUUUAUAUCUUUAUGGGAAAAGUUUCACUCGUUUAGAGCGUCUCGUUUUCGGUCAAUUCUUAAGCGAUAAUCCCAAGAAUGUUAUCAUAGAUUUCAGCAUUAAUUGUACCGAUAGUGGUAACCAUUGGAUCGCUGAGAAAUAUCCCCGCGUCAAAUUAUUACUAACACUUUGCGCACACCAGUCGGAAAUGCGCAAUUCGAUGCAAUAUAGCACAGGUUGGUUCCUUUGCGCGCAACCAGUAAUCGUGGUCAAUGCCAUUAAAUGUUUCUGUGCCGUAGCCGACAACCACAACCGCGUGGUAAUCGUAAGGAGGAGGUCCGUCACAAUUGUCGCAAACACCCCGGCUGUAAUCUCGAAAUUUUUGACCAUUAAUACGAAUGCCCACCGCCACCGGCCCUAUGCAAGCAACAAUUUGGCGCAGGGUCAUUUCAUUAUGGUCACGCGAUAA